AUGGCACCAGCAGCGCGUGCAGAGGUCGCCUUCGUGGCACUUCAGAACUGCUUGGUCAAUCUGCCACCAAACCUCAUUGCACUCAUAGACGCGUCAAAUAUCCCGGCUCAGAACGUUAUCAUUGAGAUUCAAUAUCAGUCGCAGACGUUAUCAUCCGGAUCGGUGUCAAGUGGAGGGACAGGCUUUCAACGAUCAGUCUACACAGGGUGGACAGGAUAUGCCAGUCGAACGCGGCCAGCAUCUGUGGUAAAUGCUGAUCGGCGUGGUGCGAAAGAGCUCGACGUGCCCAUGAUCGAAAUUGACAGCACCUUCGGCAGCAAGCUGGGCUUAAGUGAAGGCAGGAAAGUUGGGCUCCUGGUUCACCUGGAUCCACCAUUGGCUCAUACUGUCAACAUUGAGCCACUUACACCAGCUGAUUGGGAAGUUAUUGAGCUACAUGCCAAUUUCUUGGAAUUGAAUCUACUCUCUCAGAUUCGGGCUUUACCAAACCCAGCCUUUGCUAGUAAAGCAGCGCCUUCGAUUGAGACCAAUCACCCACUGACAUUGCAUCUCUCACCGACACAUACGGCUAAUAUCAAAGUGACCUCUCUUGUGCCGCCACAACCAACUACCGUCCCGUUUGCCAAGAUCGCUCCUGAUGCCGAAGUAGUGGUUGCUCCAAAGACACGGCCAGGCUCGAGCAGGAAUCAGCGAGGUGAGGCUCGCAGCGUGACCAGUCGGCGUAGCGGGAAAAGUGGUGCAAGCGCGGCGCAUAGCUCUGGCGGCCGUCGUUCGUCAAGCUACAAGAACGCUCUCUUUCUCCGGGCGGUUGAUCGAGCGGUCGCAGAUGCAUUCUUCAAGCAUGACAGUGGCAAUAUUUCGGGUCUAAAGCUCUGGCUGCCGCGUGAGCAUGCCGACUCAGAAGCCAUGAAAGGGGCUAAGCAUGCUAGCAUCUCCAUCGUCAGGCCAAACGGCUUGAGAGCGGAGCUUGAGAAGUCACAAAUGGAGCGGUUGAAGGAAGAAGAAUCCAGCGACGUUGGAAGACCAGCAACACGAAUUGUUGCGGAGGUACUGCUCUGGAAUGGCGCGGUCGACAGCCAUCAUGUCGGAAUCUCAUCCAUGCUUUCCACUAUGCUUGGUAUCAACGAAGCGGUUGGCAAUAUCGUCAGAAUCGAACCUGCUUUCCGGCCUCUACAUCCUUCCUCGGUGCAGUCCCUGCAACUGUUUCCAUUUGCGAGCGAAGGAUCGCAAAAACGGGAUGAGUUGAGGUUUGGGGGUGACUCAAAAGCCGCCAAAGCAGCAACACUUGACAAAAUGCGCAUCGCCCACGACAGCAAUGAGGGUUUGCUUUCUGGACCAAUUACGGAUGGCAUGGUACUUCCUCCCUCGGGAGAUCCGAGCUCACUAAUGCACUUUCCGGGAGGUGUGCUCCGCAUUGAACAAAAGGGGCAGCCCGAAGGUGAUUCGGGUAGCUCACUGAUAUGGGCGCUAGGUAAAGAGCAGAAAGGUAUUGCAGAGGUUCGCUCUGAAGUGCCGAGGCCGUUGGAGUUGGGCAUCAUCUUUCCGACUUUUGCUCAGGAACUGCGACACAAGGGCACAGAAUUGAUCGGCGCUGAGCCGGUGCUAAAGCAGAGCAUGUCUAACCUCACACUGUGCUCAUCUGUGCUGCUCACUGGCUCGAUUGGCUCUGGUAAGACUUCAAUUGCGUGCUCCAUUGCACAUCAACUCCGAGAAGAUUUCUUGUUCAAUGUGACCUACUUCUCUUGUCAGAAGCUCGUGACCGAUGAGACACGAGUAUCGACCAUUCGGGAUACGCUCAGAAGACUUUUCAUGUCGGCAUCCUGGUGCGCACGCCUGGGUGGGCAGUCGGUUGUGGUUCUCGACGACCUAGACAAGAUCUGCCCAGCCGAGACCGAGAUGCAGACGCUCAGCAAUGACAACGAGCGAAGUCGGCAGAUCGCCGAAGUGCUUUGCUCAAUAUUAAGGCAAUACUGCACCUUCCAGUCAGGAGUCACGCUUCUGGCCACUGCACAGUCGAAAGACAGUAUUCACAGCCUAAUCAUAAGCGGCCAUGUCGUGGGAGACAUUAUCAGCAUUAAAGCCCCAACAAAAGAGAUCCGACGUGAUGUGUUGUAUAAGCUUCUGGCUGAAGAAACACGACACGUCAAUGGCGUAAAUGGCGGGCAUUCUCGCAGCACAAGCAACUCGCAAAACAUGUCUGAGCAUUCGUGGAUGGAUCCCUCGAAUCCCUCGAGUCGUCCUAACUCCGCAACCGGUUCAGACCGAGACGGUUUUCGCGUAUCUCCACACCUCGAUUUACUGGACAUUGCUGGAAAUACAGAUGGCUACAUGCCCGCGGAUCUCGUCCUCCUCGUGAGUCGAGCUCGUGAUGCGUGUCUCACACGUUCGAUUCUGACCGAAUCCGACAAUGCUGGAAACGACCUCACUCUUACGAAGACCGAUUUCGAUGCUGCGCUCAAGAAUUUCACGCCCACAUCUCUACGUAACGUUACGCUAACGACCUCCUCGACCACCUUCGCUUCCAUUGGCGGCCUACAAACAACGCGAAAGACCCUUCUUGAGACACUGAUGUACCCUACCAAAUAUGCUCCGAUCUUUGCAAAAUCACCACUUCGUCUACGAUCCGGCCUGCUGCUCUACGGCUACCCGGGCUGCGGUAAGACUCUGCUCGCGUCAGCAGUGGCGGGCGAGUGCAACCUGAACUUCAUCAGCGUCAAAGGGCCCGAGAUCCUUAACAAGUACAUUGGCGCGUCCGAAAAGUCCGUCCGCGACCUCUUCGAGCGCGCCCAGGCAGCCAAGCCAUGCGUCCUGUUCUUCGACGAAUUCGAUUCCAUCGCGCCGAAGCGCGGCCACGACAGCACCGGCGUCACAGACAGAGUGGUAAAUCAGAUGCUGACGCAGAUGGACGGCGCCGAGGGCCUGGACGGCGUGUACGUGCUAGCCGCGACAUCGCGCCCCGACCUGAUCGACCCAGCGCUCCUGCGACCCGGCCGUCUCGACAAGUCCCUCCUGUGCGACAUGCCAGACAUGGACGACCGCCUCGACAUCCUCAAGGCCGUCACGAAACAGCUGCGCCUGAAACCCGAGGUCGAGAAUCGGCUACUGACCGUCGCGGAGCGCACCGCCGGCUUCACGGGCGCGGACCUCCAGGCCCUCGCGUACAACGCGCACCUCGAAGCCAUCCACGACCUCCUCGGCGACAAGACGAGCGGCAGCAGCGGCAGCGGCAGCGGCAGUGGCCACCAACACAGUAAAGGCGGCACGAUGACGAACGGCACCCACAGCCAGCGCAAGGGCUCUGCCUCCUCGCGCAAAGGCUCUGCCUCCGGCGGCGUCAAGCGCCACGACGUCAGCCAAUUCCUCUUCGACCCGUCACUGGACGCCGAGGCGCGCAAAGGCGGCGGCGGCGCCCGACUUGGUGGUGCUGGCAAUAAGGCGCUCAAGCUGGACUCGCACGCCAGCAUCGCGGCGAAGCUUGAGGAGCUGAAGUUGCUGCGGAAGCGGGAGCGUGCGGCCAUGAGGGGGGACUAUAGCUUUAACCACCAACAGCAGCAGGGGAUGCAGAGGGAGAGGGGGGCGGGCGAAGAGAAGGAUGACGAGGUGGUCAUUGAGUGGCGGCAUGUGGAGAGGAGUUUGGCGGCGACGAGGAGCAGUAUUAGUCGGGAUGAGGUGAGGCGGUUGGAGGCCAUUUAUCGGGAGUUUGUGGUGGGGAGGAAGGGGGAUAUGCCUGGCGGGGAGCCGAGUAUGGAGAUUGGGGGGAGGAGUAGUUUGAUGUAG